GUCCAAUUUCAACCACCAACCUCACGACAAGGAAGGCAGCCAGCAACCACCUCCUCCUCCUCGCCCCCCUUCCCCCCAGCAGCACAGCCAGCACCCCCGUCGCUCGUCUGCAACAAUGGCUGCCAUCAACAAGAUCGCCCUCAACUCGCCCUCGAGGCAGAACCCCUCCGAGCUGGAGACCGCGAUCGCCGGUGCUCUGUUCGACCUCGAGAGCAACACACAGGACCUGAAGGCCACCCUUCGGCCCCUGCAGUUCGUCUCUGCCCGUGAGGUUGAGGUUGGCCACGGCAAGAAGGCCGUCAUCAUCUUCGUCCCUGUCCCUCUCCUCCAGGGUUUCCACAAGAUCCAGCAGCGUCUGACCCGUGAGCUCGAGAAGAAGUUCUCUGACCGCCACGUCCUCUUCGUUGCUCAGCGCCGCAUCCUGCCCCGCCCCAAGCGCUCCGUCAACUCGCGCACCACCCAGAAGCAGAAGCGCCCUCGUUCCCGCACUCUGACCGCCGUCCACGACGCCGUCCUCUCCGACCUCGUGUACCCCGUCGAGAUCGUCGGCAAGCGCAUCCGCACCAAGGAGGAUGGCUCCAAGACCCUCAAGGUCAUCCUUGACGAGAAGGAGCGUGGUGGUGUCGACCACCGCCUUGACGCCUACGGCGAGGUCUACCGUCGGUUGACUGGCCGUGCUGUUGUCUUCGAGUUCCCCCAGGGUGGUGCCUCUGACUACUAGAUCGUUUUCCUCCAAACCAACAUUUUCCAUUUUUAUUCUUUAUGGCCAUAAUCUUUCUUCAUUUUCAUCCAAGUCUAUGAAAAAACCGAACGAAAUGUUGUUCUAAAGAAUAUUAGCUGCUGGUCUGGGCGAAAAAGAAAAAGACAAAACCAAAACCAAAAGAUUAUUGUCAGGGAACCGGAACGAUCCAAAGGGAAUUUCAAAUAUGAUGAUGGCUGUGUUGUUGUGAGGAUGAUGUUCCUUCUUUUUGUUACAGUAAAAUGGUUUCUUAAAAUGCUUUCUACCCCCUUCACUGCACAUCUUCCCCGUGGAACGAAGUCGGAA